AUGAGCACGGAAGAGGGGGAAAUAUCUGAGCCUGCUAACUCUGAGGCUCCUCCACAAGGCUACAAUGACUACAAUCCUGAGUUCGCAUGGCCUGGCGAAGACACAGAGCCCUCAGCCACUCUUCCUGAGAUACCUUUGCUCCGCCUAAUCGUCAUGACCUCGACCAUCUUGCCCGCUCAGCGCCGCCUUGCGGUACUCGAUGCAUACACCGAGAUCCAAAUCGGACGCGAUGCUCCUCCUCCUGCUUCUACUACACCUCGUAUACGCCUGAAAGAGCUUGCAGUCAGCAAGUUGCACGCGACACUUUACUGGGAUCCUUCGCGUCGCGAAUGGGCUAUUGUCGACAUGGGCUCCAAACAUGGCACAUUCAUCGCGUCGGCGUCAAGCGCGAGCUCGAGCACUGGACCCGGACAGCGUCUAAGCGCACCCCGCGCGGCAUCUCUACCACGCAAACUGAAGCACCUCGACCAGAUCACGCUGGGGGGAACGACCUUUGUCGUACAUAUCCACGAGUCGCGUUUACCAUGCGACGAGUGCGCCUUACCCGCUACCGGCGAUGUGGAGAUCCCACUAUUCGCCGACGCCGAGAAAGCAGCCGCGAAGCUUGCACAGAAGCGCAAAGCAGCGGAAGAAGAAGAAGCGCGCGCGAAACCCGUCACCAGCGAGCGGGACGCUCGUAAAGCCCUCACGAGUCUCCGGCGCGAGAUGCUCUCGCGUCCCAAGAGCGAAACCGGGACUCCAUCCACAGAGCCCAAACCCAGAGGCGCGUACGUCGAUCGCGCGGCAAAGCGACGGCAGCUGCAUCCCGGAUCGGCAGUCGACAGUCCAGGCGUACAGACGCCCGCCUCGCACACCGCACAGACGGCCCCGCUCAAGGUCCCUUUAUCGGCAAUGAUACCUCCAUCGCCCCCUCGUUCAGCACCCGCUGUUCCGCUUGCGGCGUCGAACGUCGGGCACAAAUUGCUCAUGAAACAGGGAUGGACGCCGGGAAGCGCGCUCGGCGUAGAUGUGGACGAGGACGAAGCAGCUGGGAGAAGACUCGUCGAGCCGAUUCAGGCGACGAUGCUCCCGGCCAAAGCUGGCCUAGGAUCGUCAAAGACGGGCCAGCCCGUGUUGAGCGCUACAGAGCGAAGAUGGAAGGACGCGUUGGGCAGGUAG